AUGGGAUUUGUUUGCAGAGGUGAGAAUGGUGAAUUUAUAUACGCAGAAUCCAGAGGUUUGGGUAUAACUACUAAUUUCAUAGAUGAAAUAAUGGCAAUCAUUGGAGCAGUUGAAUGGGCAGUGGAACAUAACAAUUUUGACAUAAGAGUGCAAUCUGAUUCCAAUGCAGCAAUAACUGCUUACAAAUCUGAGAAGGUUCCUUGGAUUGAGCAAGCAAGUUGGCAGCAAAUAAAAGUAAUGUUUAGGAGAAUUCAAUUUAUUCAUAGUAUGAGGGAAAUAAAUUCUUCAGCAGAUGUCAUGGCAAAGAAAGGUGCAGGUCUGAGUAGGGGAGUAUGUCAGAAGUAUUCAACUAAACCAGCUUUUCUCCCUUCUCUGGAAAUGCCUGACAAAAUAUAUUACAGGUGCUGUUAA